AUGAGGGCGCCGACCACCGAGCAAAUCAAUUCUCUCACUUGGGUUUUUCAGGUGGACAGGGUCAAGAACCUUCCCAAGGAGGUUCCCACGAGGAUUGAGAUUUCGGGCGCGCAGCUUCUCGAUGCAAUCUGCAGCGAAAAGCUUCUCGUGCGAGUGGUGGACGCCUCCCCGGAGCUGAAGGAGAAGCCCGCUAUUGGCGUAUUGACUCUCGGCUUGACUUCGUUGAUUCACGACGCAACCGCGUUGGAAGGAGAUUUCGAAUUCACUCUCGAGUCCGAGUAUCUCUCUCUGAUGAAUAGCGCCAGCGACCCAGAGGAAAAAUGCAGCAUCGAGUUCGUCCUCCGCUCCUCCGCGCCGCUCGGGUUCCCCGAAGACGCUGGAGACUGGAAUAUCUUCUCUGUAAAAGUCGACGAAGUGGCGCGCCUCCCUCCUUCGUUGGCUGCGUAUGGCGUAACCGCGGCACAGGACGCCGACAGCCAUCCGUUCACCUACUCAGUUCACAUUUUAGGAUGCAAGAUCGGCGGCGGGCGGCUGGUGCUGCCGCCUGCGGGCGAGGAGAAGAAGGCGGGCGACAAGUCGCUGGCGCAGGUCAAGAGUAAGGGCGCCGCCGAGAAGCUGGCGUCCACGAAGUCUGAGAAGAGCGAGAAGGCCGCGAGGCGCGAGGGGGGCGAGGCGGCGCCGGCCUCUUCUGCGUCGUCGCUCGCAGCCUCCUCGAAGGGGGAGUUCGAGUCUGACAUCUCGCACUCGCGCGUCUUCGAGGAGGAGGACCUUCCUCAGCGUGUGGAUCUGGACAGCGACGCGCAGGCGCCUCACGUGACCUGGAGCGCGCAGCGAGAGGCGCGCUUCUACCGUGGCAGGCAGUUCCUCUCGCAGCUCCUCUGCACGGUCGACUCCGCCGCAGGCCUCUGGGCCUUCGUCACGCUGAGACCGAAGAGAGAACUCGACGAAAAAGCCACAAAAGGAGGCGCAAAACACGCAAAGGCCCCGCCGCCGAAAGGAAAAGCGGCAACUAAGGUUGAUUCUCAGGCGCUCGUCGAGGUCUGCCGGCGGUAUACAGGACGCGCGCGGAUUCCGCUGGAGGAUCUCCGUCGCGCAGGAGCUUGCGAAGUCUCAGGCACGUUUGAGCUCGAGUCGGUUCAGCUUGCGCCGGCGAAUGGCGAGGAGACCUUGCUCUCUCCCGCCGCGAUUCUCGAGGGCGGUGACCGCGCGAAAAAAACUGAGACCGGAAGCAGCCUAGCCUCCUCCGUGGACACGCCGCGCGACACCUUCGAGGAGAACAAGACGACGCUGAAAAUCAAAAUUCAACUCAAAUUCCCUCUGCAGCCUCUGGAGCCUCGGGACCUCCUGCCGCUGGCGCCUUCUCCAGACUUGUCUGCGAAAACCGCAGAGGGAACUUCUUCCUCGCGCGUCUGCUGCAGCGCCUCUCCGCAGGAGACGCGGAGAGAGAGAAACGAAUUUGCGCGUCGAGGCAACGGGGGCGGGAGUUGGGGCGGCGGACCGAUGCCCUCGCAAGGCUCUCAGCUGCCUUGGGAGACCUUUCUCUCGAAGAGAUCGCUGGGGGAGUUCAAGGCUUGCGUCGAGAAGGGCAUUCAGUGGAUCGCGCACGAAAUGAGCCGAAACCUUCCCGAGGACCGCCAGAGGCUGCUCGCGCGGACUCUGGCGAACGAAGCGGAGGCGGUGGAGUCCGAGAGGACACAGGCUAGGAGCGAAAAAGGCCGCAGCGAGACCACCCUCAGGCCAGGAGAGGCGGGUGGAACGUCAAGCGGAACUCGCGGGAACAGCAGACAAGCCGCGGAGGGAGAUCGAGAUCCAGACCCGAAGGAACUCAGCAGCGCCUUCGUGCAACUGCUGAAGGCGAAUGGAUGCUAUGACGAGUUGUUCGCCAACAUUCAGAGGGUUGUCAUUCUCGUGAUCCGCGACCGGGUCAGGAGAGACAUUGGGCUCGCCGCGGCCGCCACAGCAGCCACGCGGGGCUACGCGGCUCGCACGCUCACUGAGGAUAUGCUGCAACAGAAACUCGACAAGUUCCUCUCAGAGACGUUCGCGUUCCUAGUGGGGACGAUGCAAAACAUCGUUAACGAAACCUCCUCACACAGUCAGAGCCUGCGGCAGCUCGCGGAGCUCUACCCUCCCAACUCCCCGUUGCUUUCCCACGUCGGGGCUGAAGGCGCAGAACAAGCCUUCGCGAGGCUGGCCUUCGAAGCAGAAGUGACUGGCGACCUCGCGCGAGCGAUCGCGCUCCACCGGCGGCAGCUCUCGCCGGCCGAAAGACUCGAAAAACCCCACGGCGCGGCUGCAGCCUCUCUGUGGUUCGCCCUCGCUCGCCUGCUGCUGAGGUGCAGCGAGUCGCACGUCGAAGAGGCGGAAGAAGUGCUGUGGGAGAGCAUCAAGGCGCAAGGAGGAACCGACAAGGCGUCUUCAGAUACCUUGCUGAUGCUGGGCUGCUGCCGGCUGCACCGCGGGCGCUACAGAGAAGCGGAGACGGCGUUUUCCUAUUCUGUCAAGCGCUGUGGCGGCGCGACGCGCGAUACGGAGUUUGAUCCGUUUCCCUUUUCUGACGAGCGAAGUCAUCUCUGCUCCAGUCCUUUUUCCUCCCCAGCCUUCGCCCUUACGGUUCCGCCUCUGCGAAGGCAGGAAGAGCGGGCGCAGGCCGCCGCUGACGGCCGCGGUCUUUCGCAGGGCGCGGCGACAAAGCGAGAAGAAGAGCAACGAAGUGAGCAGCGAACGCGCCCGCCGUCUUUUUGUGUGUCAGACGCCAAGGAGGAGGGUCGUGCUCCGCCGCCUAAGAUUCUCCCUCUCUUCUGUCUCAGCGUCUGCCACUACCUCGCGGGAAAUCGAGCCAAGUUCAUGAAGUUCCUCGCGCUGACUCUCAAGCCGGCGGCGAUAGUCGAGGCGGAAAGAGACCUCAACGAAGCCGAGUGCAGACAAGUCGCAGCCGGGCUGCGGAACCUGGAAGAAGAAAAGAAGACAAGCGAAAAGGCAGGAAGCGGUGCAGAGGAUAAACUGACCGUGCAGAACCACGCCAACACAAAAAUGUGGAUGGAAGGACUAUUUGAUGAACUUGAGCAGAUGCUCCCCGUCUUUGCAAAGGACACCUUUUACUCGCCUGCAACGGUGGACUAUCCCACUCUGUCGUUCCUCCUGAUGCUUCUCAAUUUCGGCCUCCCGACGCUGUGCCUCUCCUUCGUGGACCGCGGAGACGAGUUCGUGCACAGCCAGACAGCGAAAAGCGGUCUCUUCACGUUCAUCAAGGCGAAGGCUCUCUUCCUAAAAAAAGAUUUCGUCGGCGCUGCGCGAGCCCUCCGCAGGCUACUUGGGGCGGAACCUCGACACCGUCAGGCUCUUUCUUUGCUGGCGGAGUCGUACUAUCGCCUGAGGCUGGUCCAGGUGGCGACGCAUGCGUUUCAGCAAAGCAUAGACUUUCUAGAAGAGCCGCAAGACUGCGUGAUUUACCUUCGCCUGGGCGAACUCAUGCUCAUGCGCAAAGACUACGAGCAGGCUCGCGCGUUCUACCAGAAAUCUCUCCACUACUCUACAACCUCUGGGGGCUGGCUAGGCGUCGCAGUAUCCCUGUACCGCCUCGGCGAUCUCUCAGCUGCCGUCGAGGCUGCCAUAACCUCCAACUCGCAGGACAGAGACAGGGGCGAGACGUGGGGCUAUCUGGCGUUGUGCUUUCUUUCGCUGGAGAGAUCGGAAGAGGCAGACAUGUGCACACGCUUCAUGAUAAAGAAGGGGCUGCAGCGGCCUCAGCAGCAGGGAGGUUUGGCUGCCUUGGGAGGCGCUGUCACGGAGAGAAAACACUCAAGAAUAGACCCUGACAACCUGUUCGAUGACAAAACGGAGAUCACCUCCAUCGAAUGGGGCGGCGGACUUCUAGUGGAAGUCGCGCAUGCCUACGUUGGCACACGAGGGCCGUGCGGAGCAGAGACUGCAGAGACUCUCGCGAGAAUGGUGCUGGAAGAGGAGCCAGGUUCUCCCGCGGCGCGGAAGGUACUUGCGCAGGCCCUGGCGUGCCAAGAGCAUUAUGAAGCCGCUCUCGUCGAGCUCCUCACCGUAAUGCGGUGUGUGGUCGAAGAGUUCAAAGAAACGUGGAGACGCGGAUUACAGCGUUUGCACGAUCUGUUCUACGACGCGGAAGACGGAGUUCCAGAAGGAGCACGGCACUCCCGCGGAGAGCAAAAUUUCGCGGAUGAGAAACACGCCGCCCAGUUGAAGCUGACGGAGGCAUUUGAACAAUGCCAGAAUCUGUCGCUAUUCUGCUCACGAGCUACUGCACGUGAGGCAUCGCAGAUCCAUCGAACGCUAACAGAGGAGCUGUCUCAACUUACGCUAUCUUCACUCGCGCCUGGCGCACUAUCCGAGAGGGAACUUGAUUCCGAUCUAUAG